AUUUGAGUGAGGUGAAUGAUAGGGGUGAUUAUUAUGUACCUCAUUGGGCAUUUGAAGAUGGUUAAUAUCUAGAAUAUAUUUUAUUGAGUCUGCAGUUCUGGCAGCUGGCUUCUAUGGUUAAGUGUUUUAACAUUUUGUAAAAUAAAAUGUUUUUUUUAAAUGAAAAAUAAUUAAUUUUUUGUAAUUAAAAAGUGGGCCUAUUUGUGAUGAAUUAUCUAUUCAUACAGCAAAGUUUCUUCAGCAGCCUUAUUUUCAGAUGUGGAUGAGUAACGUUAGUUUAUAAACAUGGUUUGAUUACAUGGUUUAUGUCUGGCCUUAUCCAUGAAUCUAGCUGAUAUUAUUGACUUUAAAACGGUUGGAAUGAAGUAGUGUUCAUACACUGCGAAUUGUAGCUAGUUGUACUGAGAUUUCCCUAAACAGUCAGAUUAGAGUAGCCACUCCUCCGUUAGCAUACGGAUGCUGGCAAUCAUUCAUUGCUAACAACAGUUAGCUAGUGUUUCGCGAUGAUGGCUGGGGACUUGCAAGGUUUUGCGCUAGAAAAAGCCGAACUGCUUUCCAGCCGUUUAAAGGAGCUCCUGUCUUCGGGACAAGGAUAUGUUCGGGCUCAGUUCGGGGUGGAUUUGGGUCUGAAGCCUGAUGUGUACCCGACGUGGGUCAUCCUGUCCACGGCCUCCGUGGGUCUCCUGCUAAUACUCUGUCUGUCAUGGGCUGCCGUCUGUGGCGGUCUGUUUGUCGGGAAAAAGCGGGGAUGCCCGGUCACCCAAGGCAACGGUGAGCCUGGCAAGGCCAAUUUAGCUAAAACUGCAAAACCGGAAGAACUGAAGAAGAGGAACAAAAAGAAAACGCUUGAAAAGAACACUCAAUCCAAUGGACAACCAGUGGCUGUAGCUCAAGAGGAAGUUACAUUGACAGAGGUGGUUUCCAAGCUACCCCCGCAGAUCAAAACCAAGAAGGUGCAUGAGGUACAGGCCCCAGUGCAGGUGAAAAAGAACAAGAAGAAAACCAAGACAGUGGUGAAACCUGUCCAGCAUGUUUCUACAAAUGAUGGGAAGGAACCUGAUGAUGGUGCAUGGGAGACCAAAGUCAGUAACCGAGAGAAGAGGCAGCAGCGCAGGAAGGACAAGGGCCCCGAGGACUCUGGUGGCCCAGGAGGGGUGGAGGCUUCCAAGAGCAUUGUGGAGGCACCUGUGGCCCCAGUCCCUACCAACACCAAGAAGAACAGAGGAAACCAUGAGUCCCUGCAUCCAAGAACCGCUGGAAAGGUGGAGACAGCCACUGGAGCUGUGUCCUCCAGCUGGAGAGAGGAGCCUUCAGUCAGUGCUGCAGGUUGGACUCAUGUCAACAUGUCUGUGAAGAUCCCCCCUCAGGUGGGUGCAAUGGAGGGGACCAAGUGGAGUGCCAUCCCCACGGCUGCACAUUACAGGCCUCCACCCAAACCUCAGUCCUGGAGACAGGAGACACAAGCAUGGAGUGCCAUUGAUGGUCGGAUAAAGAAUGACCUCAACCCUGUGACCUUCUCCAUGCUGGGACGAAACACCACAGACCCAAUAUCAAAUUCAAUGGAGCUGCAGUGGGCGAGGUGCCCUGAUGUUGAUGAUGAAUGGUCUGGAUUAAAUGGGGUGGCAGCAGUGGACCCCAGCUCUGACUGGAAUGCUCCAGAAGAGCACUGGGGAAACUAUGAAGAGCCCCCUGUGUUGGUGACCCCAGCACCUCCAUUGAAAGAACAGCAUAUCCCCAACAAGCCGGUAUUGGAGGAUGAGAAGGACACUGACGAUCCGUCCGGUGGAGCAGCCAAAUCCAAGAAGAACAGGAAAAAGAAGAAGAAAACAGAAGAGGAGGCUGCAUCUGAGGCCCAGACGGUGAGCACAGUGCCCCUUGUCAAUACAGUACCCAAACCCCAAGAGCCUUCUGAGCUGGCCUCCAAAAAGCAGAAUCCCAGCAUACCCUCCUCUCAGAAGAAAUCUGAGCAGAUUGUGGAGCCUCUGAAGCCCUCCCUAAAGAAAAAGGUCCGAAGGGAAACAUGAAGUCACACAGGUCCAUACAAAGCAUAUGCAAAUGAUUGUAAAAUGUGUCACAUGCAAUAAUUACAGGUACAAGUUUUUUUCGGAGAUACAUUAACAGGUUAUCAGUUGCUGAAACAAAAAGAAAACAAGCAGUGGAUAUCACCUGCUUGGCUAAAUAUAGUGAUGAAAUGUGGUCCUGUGGACUAAAAUCUUAACUAAUUUGCACUAUUUGCUACACUGCAACUGAAUGGAGUUUCAGGGGAGGUUGACUUGCAGUGGAGGUACAUGUUCAUGUAAUUAUUUUUUGUGGCAUCAAAAGUUUUUUUUUUUUUUUUUUUUUAAAAGGUUUCAUUUCAAUUUUUUGUUAUAUGAAAAUUGAAGUAUAAGAGAAGCAUACAUUUUUGCUCCCCAAAAUAUUGCACUUUGUUUUGUUUGCCAUGCUUCUGCCCCUAUAUCAACUGGCAAUUACAAAUAUUUGUGGGAGCAGGCUACAUGUGAGGGCUCGUCUCGGAUCAGGAUAAAUUCAGAUUUUUUUUUUUCUUCUUCAAUUCUCUCUCAGUACAACACUUACACAACCUAUAUGUAAAUUAAGAUAGUUAGGCGUUGCUGUAAUCAUCCCCCUUCUUCGUACUGGCCAUUAAGUGAUAACCCCAGAGCAACCAACUGCAACGUAGAAAUGGGGGACAAAAAUCUGCAUACCUCGUUUUGUGCAAAAAUACAUUCUAAAGUAGAUCCGAUGCUAAUAUGAGGGCGGCUGUAUGUGUAAGUAAUAGUGUCCAAAUAGAUGGGUAUUUUCCAAAGGAAUGGUCUGUUUGGUACAAAAUUCUGUCUUUGUGUUUUCUUGCUGAGGUCUAAGGUCACAUAGGUUUGUAGCCAUGACAAAAGCCUGACUAUAAACCUACACAUGACUGCCAGGACAAAUGUUUGAUUUGGCUAUUCCCAGACUGCUGAAGCCUCAUUUUAGUUUUGGCUGAACUUGCAGAGCAAAAAUGCAUUUUGUACUUUACAUUGUAGUCACUCUAUGAAGGUAUCAUUACACAGCCUGUGUGGACAGGAGAAAUUAUUACAGCGACCUAUAUAUCUUUCAACAAAUAAAUUACAUGCAACUGUUGUGUUAAGAUAAGUUUGCCUAUCCUCUAAAGUAAUAUCUCCCUAUCUGUCCUUUGAGUACAAACACUCACUGCCUGUAGGCUGUGUGGUUUAUGAAGAAUGGCAGCUGUUAUCAGGUUGUUUCACACCAAAAGAAAAAAAAAAUGUGGCCAUUCUCCACAACCACUCCUGCAGUGUAAUCCACCUCUUCACUGUCCAUCUGUGUGGUAGUAUGCUCCAAACUUUCAUUAUUAUGCCAAAAUAUGGUUAAAUACACUACUGCCUGAGCUUCAGAGUGGUGGGGAAAUCGAGAGACACUGAAGCAGUGUAUUUAACUGUUCAGAGCAUACUACCAGCUGAACAGUUACUGAUUCAUCACUUAUGGAUCAGAUCAGAUCAUUUCUUUAAAGACUACUCUAAAUUAGAAAUGUGGACGUUGUAAACGGAUUCUGGAUUCACAUAGCCUAGAAAUCUAGCGUCAGCAACUCUAUGUUGGCUUGUGAGCUGGAAAAACCAAACUUUGACCGGGCCAAUCGCAUCAUGUAUGGAGUCGGUGGGCGGGUUUAUGGCUGCUGCUGCUGGGAACAGAGAGAAUUUGAAAGACAACCGUUUAUCCCGCCCCUCAAAUUGAGCCCUGUCAAUGGUGAGUUCCCAGACCCAACAUCUUGAUGUGGGUCUGGCUUGUCAGGCUAGGAUUCACACUUAAUUGUUGAUAACUGUAGAGAGUACAGUAACUGAUAUGAACCACCAGGUGGCAAUGUGAAUUAAAGGAGUAGUGGGGACUAUCCCACAAAGAAGUAGCACUAUUAAGUAUUGUCCCUCUACUUUUAUCAUUCUAACUAUAUCUUUAUCUGACUAGACUUGUGCGUUUAUUUUCUAGACCCUUCUGCACUCUUAUCUGAUUUUUUUAAAGUCAUUUUUCUUCCAGUUUUUGUGCUAGAAAAAGCCAUGCCAUAUGUACAGAUUGUAAGGGCUUUUUCCAGUUCUGUGAUUGCUCUGUGCAAAAGGCUGUAUUGAGCUCCUUUUGAUGUUGAUGAAUUGUUUUUUUACUAACUUUUUGCAGAAUGUGUAAUUUCUUUUAGUUUUACCUGACUUCCAGGAUUUAUGAUGGGGGAUUUUUGUUUUACAUUAAUUGAGAAUGAAGACAUACAUAGUGAUAUGAUAUAGAGCAGCUUUAAUUCCACAAUAAAGUUGGUUUUAAACAACACACACACACACACACACAAUAACACAUUUAUACAAGGAAUUUAAUUCCACUGCCUUAACCUGUAGUUGUAUAGAAAAUGCAUUGACAUCCUUUUUUAUAGUUUCCAACCAAUUGCAAGUUUUGAUGUCAGAAAUUAAUUUCAUCUUGCAUGACUUUGAUAAUAGUACUUGUGUACAUGAAAUGAAAGAUGUCUUGCUUUUACUGUAAGUACUUGGUCCUGGAGUACCACUCAGUGUAUAUAUAAUUUAAUAGCUUUUUUUAAUGAUCAAAUUGCAGCUUUUCUGUGGGCAUCCAAUUUAGCGGACAUUAACAGGAGUGUGUUGUAGUCAAAGAGCCUUUGUGCAUCAAGGUGUUGAUCAGCUGGUGGUGAUGAAUAGUUGUUAGUAGAGCUGAUAGAACAAAAUAAUACGUUGCUGUGGCUUCAGGCAGGCCUUUUUGUUUACUGAUGAUUCAAAUGGAUUCAAUCAAUGUAUUUAUAUACUUGUCUCCAGGACAUGGUUAUAUGAAUGAUUUUGUUUAUUGAGGAGAUACAAAUGAUAUUUCUAUGUUUGUUAAAAAUGAAAAAUAAAUGAGAAUUGCUUGAUAUCA